AUGGACCUCCAAGAAUCGGUACGCAACCAAACCGACGUUGGAUUAAGAAUCACGAAGCACCUGUUGUUGACUGAAGCCAAGGAGAAGAAUACGGUGUGCUCCCCGCUGUCCAUCCAUGUCGUGCUGAGCGUGAUAGCAGCCGCCACUAAGGGUUCAACCCAAGACGAAUGGCUCUCUUUCCUAAAGUCCAAGUCCACCACAGAACUCAACUCCCUCUCCUCCAAUCUCGCCCCUAUCCUGUUUGCUCACUGUUCCCCAAGCGGCGGUCCCUGCCUGUCCUUCGCGAAUGCCCUUUUGGUCGACAUGUCUCUCCCUCUCAAGCCCUCUUUCAAGGAAAUAGUGGAUGCUUUUUACAAGGUGGUACCAAAGCAAGCCGAUUUUCAGAACAAGGCUGAAGAAAUCAGAACUAAAUUCAAUUUAUGGGCUGCAAAGAAGACUAAGGGCGUUAUUGAAGAGGUUCUUCGUCCUGGGGAAGUUGACAGCUUAACAAGGAUCAUCUUUGCAAAUGCAUUAUACUUCAAAGGAGCUUGGGAUGAUGAUCCGUUUGAUAACUCAAAAACAAAGGACUAUGUCUUCCACCUUCUCAAUGGUACAUCAAAUAUAAAGGCACCCUUCAUGACUAGCCACAACAGACAGUUUAUAAAGGCCUUUGACGGCUUCAAAGUAUUGAAACUCCCAUACAAACGAGGAAAGGAUGAGCAGCGGCGUUUUUGCAUGUGCUUGUUUCUUCCAGAUGAAAAGGAUGGGCUACCUGCUCUGGUUGAGAGAGUUUGUUCUGAGCCUGGCUUCUUAGAUCGCCAUAUUCCGCAUUACGAUGUUAAAGUGGGUGACUUUAGAAUCCCAAAGUUUAAGAUUACUUCUAGGUUUAAAGUUUGCAACAUUCUCAAGCAGUUAGGUUUGGAGCUUCCUUCCUCAGUUGAAGAGAUGGUGGAAUCACCUCUGGGUGAGGGCCCUUUUGAAUCCAAAAUGAGUCAGGUAGCCGUUAUCGAAGUUAAUGAAGAAGGAACGGAAGCUGCCGCUGUUUCAGUUUGGGAUAAUAUGGGUAUGUGUUUAGGUGAAUAUGAACCACCUGUAGACUUUGUGGCAGAUCACCCAUUCCUAUUUUUGAUCAGAGAGGAAAUGACUGGAGCUGUGUUGUUCAUUGGGCAGCUGCUCAAUCCUCUUCUAGACUAG